CCGAAACUUUCUGUUUUCUGGUUCGUUUAGCGACGACGACUUCUGCUCAGACUGCUAGAUUCGUUUUUCUACGCAGACCGCGAACUUCUCCCAAAUGCGUCGCGUACCUGUUAGAGCCCUUCGGACGACUAUUCAAUGCACCGUCCGGGGCCUCACUCGUACUAGUCGUCCGCGACGCUGCAUUAAUUUCCCCCACCAUCGUUUUAACGCCAGUCUGGGCGUUCGAUCCGCUACCUCCUCCUCCGCCGCCUCGACUGCAUCCGCUUCCGCAUCUGCUUCGGCAUCCUCAUCUUCUACUACACGUCCCAACUAUGCUGUAAGCGAGCCCUUGCGAUCAUCCAUGUAUAUCCGCCGAUUCUCUGUCGCUCUGGUAUCUAGCCUAGUUGGCUACGGCGCCUGGUAUACGUACAAGGGAGGCAAUUCCCUAGAACAGGUCGGGGCUAAAUCAUACACCACCACACCAACUCAGUUGUCGAACGCCGCUGCCACAACCCGUAAUGUCCUCGUAGUUGGAGCCGACGAACUCCAUACCGGCACAUUUGUUGGCGAAGGCCCGAUAGCGAAGAACUUCGACGGAAGUGGAAGAAACGUUCUCGAGAUGCUCACUCCGGAUCAGGCAACCGAGAAGCUGCGAGAGAACGAGGCUUCCUUCCUGGUCAAUCGAGGGCAGGGUGUCUUGCGCUAUGAUGUAGUUCAAGUCGCGAGCAACAACCCAAUCGAGGACGAUCACGCCGAGAAGAUUGUCGAGAUUUCUGGACAGGGAGAUGAGACGAAUACCAACGAUUGGAUGUUCUGGGGUGUUUUUGACGGCCAUGCUGGUUGGACGACGUCAGCAAAGCUUCGACAAACUUUGAUCAGCUUUGUUGCUCGAGAACUCAACACAACCUACAAGGCUGCUGGGACCUUGGGAACAGUGCCGUCACCGGAGGCAAUUGAUACGGCCAUUAAGCUAGGAUUUACCCGCCUGGACCACGAGAUCGUGCACGAAAGUGUGGAGAAAGUUCUAAAGUCCAACUCCAAACGGGUCGCGGCCGAACUUCUUGGCCCCGCAUUAUCUGGCUCUUGCGCUCUGUUGUCAUUCUAUGACAGCAGCACCAAGACAUUGCGCGUGGCUUGCACGGGCGAUUCUCGAGCUGUCCUUGGUCGUCGUAGUUCGUCUGGAAAAUGGACGGCAACUCCUUUAUCAGAAGAUCAAACCGGGCGUAAUCCCAACGAGGAGAACCGCAUGCGCAAGGCCCAUCCAGGCGAGGAUCGUGUUAUUUACAAUGGUCGAGUUCUUGGUGGCCUAGAGCCAACCCGAGCGUUUGGUGACGCUAGCUACAAGUGGAGCAGAGAGAUCUCUGACCGACUCCGAGCCUCGUUCUUUGGCCGAAGCUCUUCCCCAUAUCUGAAGACCCCUCCUUACGUAACAGCUGAGCCCGUCGUCACCACGACCAACAUCCAACCUGAGAAAGGUGAUUUCCUAGUCAUGGCUACGGAUGGGCUCUGGGAGAUGUUGACCAACGAAGAAGUGGUGGGACUCGUUGGCAAGUGGAUUGAAUCGCAAGCCUCAUCGCCAUCAUCAAACUCACAAUUAGGCUCCGUGUGGACCAGACUCUUCGGCCCCGGCCAAGAUCUUCCUGUUGAAGCCGCCGAUCAAGCUGGUCCAGAUGGCCAGAAGACCCCGACUCGUCUACGACAAUGGGGCAUCUCGCCUGAUGAGAAGGAACGAUUCAUUGUUAAGGACAAGAACGUUGCUACUCAUCUCAUCCGCAAUGCUCUCGGUGGUAAGAAUGAGGAACAGGUCUGUGCCUUGCUCACACUUGUUUCUCCAUUUUCGAGACGUUACAGGGAUGAUCUGACUGUUCAAGUUAUCUUCUUCGGCGAUGGACCGAAGACUGGAUCUGUACUAGUCAAUGAGGAGGCCUCAAGUGUACCUCAAUCAGCUAUUAAGGCAAAGCUGUGAGGCACUUGAGCCAUGCUAUGACUAUGUAUACCACCAUGAAAAGAUACCUUAUCUUACAUGUUACGGAUUGGCCUUUAAUUGCAGAAGUUACGAGAUAGAGCUUUUAUGCGGCAUGGCGUUUUUAGGUUGCUGAGCAUACCAACGAUUCACAAUGAGAGUUUCAUGGAUAAAGGCGAAAUAAAGGCGAGCUCUUAGGUACUUUGGCUUGUACAUAUGUGUGCCUCCACGUCAAUAUAUUUUACGUUUGGCAA